GUAGAGAAAUUAGGAAAUACUCAACAAAUCAUCCCAAGUAUGACUACUCAUCUUUGACAAUUGAUUCAUAGUGACUCUACUCUGACGAUAAUAACAAGUUCCCCUUUCUCAGUUGAUAUGACAGCAGAAAUGACCUAUCCGUGUUGCCGUAGUCAUGAAAGGCUGUGGCGCUCCUCCUCAAUGAACGUUGGAAAGAUGGCGACAGCAUACGCACAAGCGAGAGUCUACAGUGCCGGCGGACAGAAAGUGAUUUAAAGAGACUAAAAUCCACCUCCAGUGCAAAGAUCGAUCGGUGCAAAGUGUGUCAGAUACCAAUCAGAGAUGGUGUGGUCCAUGCACGGGUAGGAGCAAGAAGCCACUUGUUUGCUAUGGAGCCUCCGGAUCGCAACAAACCGAGCAGGCAGGCCAAGCCGACAGAAGAUGUGUCCCAACAGAACUCUGAGCUUGAUGACUCCUCUGACUUUCAUAGUGAGGAAGACGAAAGCCUUUAUGGCACAUCUCCUCCUUAUACCCAACGUCAGAUGAAACGCAUGUUUGCCAAACAAAGGAGUGGCCAGUCUAGAGGUGCUGGACGAUCUCCAAACAAACUAGAUCUUAGCCCAUCUGUCCAGAUUGAGAGUUCCAAGCCAGUCGAGACUACUGAGGAGGUCAGCUAUAAGCAGGGCAAAAAGCAGAGGGCCACACUUCGCUCUACAGAGAGAGACCACAAGAAGACAUUUGAAGAUUCUUUCAUGCUAGAUCCACUCGGAAAGUCUGGCCAUUUCAGCAUGGAUCCACGAAAACAUUACUUGAGCCUGGGCUGCAGCAGUUGUAAGCUGCCUGUUACUAUGCCUCAUAUACGGACCCACCGGCAAACAUCCAGGACUGACUGUCCUGCUGACCGCCUCAAGUUUUUUGAAACUCUGCGCCUGCUGCUCAAGCUCACAUCUAUGUCCUCUAAGAGGAAGGAGAAGGAGCAAAGGGGUUUGGAGAACAUGGCUUUCAUGGGGCACAACAAUGAGGUCAUUUGGUUGGAGCUGCAGGCAUGGCAUGAAAGGCGUUCCACCAGUGAUCAGGAUCUUUUUCUCUUCACUGAACGCAAAGCUAUCCCAGAUAUCAUCAAUAAAGUGCUGCACUUUAAGGUCAACUAUGACAGCCUGAAAGGAGCUCAGUGUUUGGAGUCGCAAACAAUGCAGGAAUUCUGUUCGACUGAGGAGAAAUCAUUUGCUGUAGCGGAGACCAACCACUGUGGAGUAGACACCUGGGGGUUCAGUGCUCUCCCCUCGUCCACAAUGAACGCCGCUGAGCCUCUAGGCUCUGGUGUCGACUGCAGGGAGCACCUUCAACGCCAGCGGCUGGCCUUUGAGCAGGUCAAGAAGGUUAUGGAACUCUUGGAGUCUGUUGAAGCUUUGUACCCCUCGUUGCAGGCUCUUCAGAAGGACUAUGAAAAAUACGCAGCUCGAGAUUUCCAAGGCAGAGUGCAGGCGCUCUGUCUCUGGCUCAACAUCACCCAGGACCUCAACCAGAAGCUGCGAGUUAUGGCCACGGUGUUGGGGCUCCAUGAUCUGUCGCGUAUCGGGUGGCCAGUCUUCGAGAUACCCUCACCUCGCUGCUCCCGUGGAAAUGAAGAAGAGAACGAGGAAGAUGAGGAGAACGACUCAACGGCCACUUUUACUCCCGAAAGUGACGCUGAGGAUGGAGAACAUGACGUGGAAGUUGGAAAUCUUGCAGAUGAAGAACUGUCUCCCAUCUUGACGCCUAAAUUUUCCCGCCUCUUGUCAGAGGAGGAGUUCCUCCCGGCUGCCAUUUCUGGAAGUGCAGAAGCGGCUGCUGGAGGUGAUGUGUUUUGCCCCACAGCUAUUUACAGGCCAUUUGUGGAUAAAGCUCUGAAACAGAUGGGACUGCGUAAACUGAUACUUCGGCUGCACAAACUGAUGGACCGCUCUCUCCAGAGGGCAAGAGCGGCGCUGCUUCGACACACUCCUGCACUGGAGUUUGCAGACCUCCCAGACCCCAUGCUGUACAGCGAUUACCUGCCGGAGCUUUCCCGCCACAUGUCCUGGUCCAGUCAGACUGAUCCGGAGCACGGAGCUGACCAGGUGUCCUGGGAGGACCUGCGGGACAUGGAUCUCCCAUCCUUCCGACCGGCGUUCCUCGUGCUGUGCAGAGUCCUCCUCAAUGUUAUUCACGAAUGCCUUAAACUGCGACUGGAACAGAGGCCCGCUGGAGACCCCUCACUGCUCAGCAUCAAGCAGCUGGUGCGAGAGUGCAAGGAGGUUCUGAAAGGAGGCCUGCUGAUGAAACAGUAUUAUCAGUUUAUGCUGCGCGGCGUUGUAAACGAUGGUCAAGGCCUGCAAACGAAUGCCAAUAUAGACGACUUUGAAGAAGAUCUCCACAAGAUGUUGGUUGUUUAUUUUGAAUAUAUGCGCAGUUGGAUCAGGAUGCUGCAGCAGCUGCCUCAGGCCUCUCACAGCUUAAAGAACCUGUUAGAGGAGGAAUGGCAAUUCACAAAGGUCAUCACUCCUUACAUCCGAGGAGGCGAGGCGCAGUCCGGAGAACUUUUCUGCAACAUUGCUGGGAUGCUGCUGGAGUCUACUGGAGAGUUUCUUGAUGCUGGUUUGCAGAAAAGUGGCAAUGAAUUCUGGGAAAGUGCAGAUGACAGCACGGCCUCGGAUGAGAUCAGGCGUUCAGUUAUUGAAACCAGCCGUUCUUUAAAAGAAUUGUUCCAUGAGGCCAGGGAACGGGCGUCCAAGGCCCUGGGUUUUGCCAAAAUGCUCCGCAAGGAUUUGGAAGUUGCUGCAGAUUUUAGCAUCACCAGUGGGGUGCCUUGUCUUCUCGAGGCACUAAAAAAGAAAAACUAUGUCAAGAUUCAGAUUCCAGGCUUGGAAGAGCUCCAGGUUUUCGUGCCUUGUGGCUUGAAGGAUCAGCGGCCUCUCAUCCUGCAGCUUCUCAAUGCCGCCGCUGGCAAGGACUGUUCCAAAGAGCCCGACGAGAUGGCUGAGGAUGAUGCCUACCUGCUCAUGAGCAAACACGGAGCAGGGGGCGCCACUACAGAUCCUGCGUGGGCGCUGUGGGAUGGCAAGCUCCUCAAACUGGUCCCACAAAUGGAAGCCAUUGACACUCUAAGAGCUAUGAAGGUUGAGAACUUGCUCUUGAUUGUGAUGCAGUCAGCUCACCUGGUGGCCCAGCGGAAGGCUUUCCAGCUAUCCAUGGAGGAUGUGCUAACCCUUAGCCGGGAGCAAACAUCCAGCCAGCCUCUCAUUGCCAGCGCUCUGGAAGAUCUCAAGAACAAAGCCCUGCAGCUGUGCAUCAAAAUAAGCACAGCCAUCGACCGAGUGGAGUACAUGUUCACCACAGAGAUUGAGGCCGAGGUGGAGGAAUCCGAGUCAGCCACUCUGCAUCAGUACUACAGGGAAGCAAUGAUACAGGGCUACAAUUUUGCCUUUGAGUACCACAAGGAGGUGGUCCGUCUGAUGUCAGGAGAGUUCCGACAGAGGAUUGGGGAGCAAUACAUAGCUUUUGCACGCAAAUGGAUGAACUAUGUCCUGACCAAAUGUGAGAGUGGGAGAGGCACCAAGCCCAGGUGGGCGACUCAGGGUUUUGACUUUCUUCAGGCAAUUGAACCUGCUUUCAUAUCGGCAUUACCAGAGGAUGACUUCCUGAGCUUGCAAGCUUUGAUGAAUGAAUGUAUUGGACACGUGAUUGGAAAACCUCACAGCCCCGUUACUGGCCUGUACUUUGCACCCAGGAAUAGUCCUCGGCCUGUAAAGGUUCCUGCUCCAGUUCGCUGCCACAGCGACCCACCAAACCCCAACUUGUUUAUCCCCAGUGCUGAAAAUUUCAACUCUCGAAGCCUUCCCUGUGAUCUGCGGAACCAGCUGGUUCCCAACGGCCCUCGGCCCAUCCCUCAGGGCUCAGGGGAGCACAGCCCCAUGAGACCCAGCAGCAGCCCCAGCGAUGUCAGGGUAUCCAGUUUCCAUGAGAAUGAUCGUCUUUCAACAGUUGCAGCAGAAUUACAUUUCAAAUCACUGAGCCGCCACUCGAGCCCCACUGAGGACAAGGAAGAACCUUCAUAUCCAAAGGCUGAUCCAAACAGCUCUGCACGCAGAAGCUGGGAGCUCCGCACCCUCAUCAGCCAAUCCAAAGACUCGACAGCCCGGCAGGGCCCAAUGGAGGCCGUCCGUCGCUCCAUUCGAAGAUUCGAAGAGAAGCGCUAUGCGGUGAUGAAGCAGCGGAACAUAAUUGGUCAAGUGUGUCACACACCAAAGUCUGACGGCAUGCAUGUUGGCCUCAGGAAGGUGACUUUCAAGUGGCAGAGAGGCAACAAGAUAGGUGAAGGUCAGUAUGGAAAAGUGUACACCUGCAUCAAUGUGGACACUGGAGAGCUAAUGGCUAUGAAGGAGAUACGGUUCCAGCCAAAUGAUCACAAAACCAUCAAAGAGACUGCUGAUGAGCUGAAAAUAUUUGAAGGCAUCAAACACCCAAACCUUGUGCGAUACUUUGGAGUGGAGCUCCAUCGAGAGGAGAUGUACAUCUUCAUGGAGUACUGCGAUGAAGGAACUCUGGAGGAAGUUUCCAGACUGGGGCUUCAGGAACACGUGAUCAGGCUUUACAGUAAACAGAUCACUACAGCCAUAAAUGUUCUCCAUGAGCACGGCAUUGUUCACCGUGAUAUCAAAGGAGCAAAUAUCUUCCUCACAUCGUCAGGCUUGAUUAAACUGGGCGACUUCGGCUGCUCAGUCAAGUUAAGGAACAACACUCACACCAUGCCAGGGGAGGUGAACAGCACACUGGGAACAGCCGCAUAUAUGGCACCUGAAGUUAUCACAAGAGCAAAGGGGGAAGGUCAUGGGCGAGCAGCAGAUAUCUGGAGCCUGGGCUGCGUCCUGAUUGAGAUGGUGACUGGAAAGAGGCCCUGGCAUGAGUACGAGCACAACUUUCAGAUCAUGUACAAAGUGGGCAUGGGCCACAAACCGCCAAUCCCUGAGAAGCUCAGCAUGGAGGGGAAGGACUUCCUGGGUCACUGCUUAGAGAGCGAACCUAAAUGCCGCUGGACAGCCAGCAUGCUUCUUGACCACCCGUUUGUCAAGGUUUGCACAGAUGAGGAGUGAACGGCACCUUCUCUUUGGCUUUUCACGUUUACAAACUAAAUCACUACUGUACAUGCUGUUGGCAAAAGAAAAACAAACUGUGGACACAAGAGGGAGUUAUGGCUCAAGGCACAUCGAGUUAAACUGAGGAACUAACAUUAUAAUUUCAGAAGACAACUGGAUCUAUGAAUUAAAUAAUUGUGUCUUUAUGUAGCCAUGGUUUGUGGUGGUACUGUACAUACUGUAAGAAUAGGAUUGGCCUUAAUUCAUGUAUAAAAUGUUGUAAAGUUAAAGUAAUUGCCACAUAUAUUUCACUGGCGAAGACACCUAUAAAAAGGCAAUGAGGAAUACUUUUAUUUUUUUUUUUAAUUGGACGGAGGACGGGGCGCAUCUAUAGCACUUUUAAACUGUUUAUCCAAGGGGAAAGCUAAGUAGAAAAGGAGGGAUCCUGAGUGAGUCACUAUAAAGUAAAAAUGUGGCUACCCUCUGUGGAUGAAAGAAGGCAAUAGUUUCCCUUUAUUAAAUGAAUGCCAUCCAAAUAUUUAAAUAUUUUUAUUUCUUAUUCUGAACGUUUGGGCAAUAAGAAGGAUUGUUUAGUGUGUUUUCUUUGCCUUUUGCUGAGGAGAAAUUGUCAAGUUGGAGCAAUGUUCAAGUCUACUGGUCACUGGUGAUGAGCUGCCCGUGUGACUGUGGCGUAGCCAACUCAAAGGAGAAAACAGGACCGGCUAUUCCUCCCUGCUGCUGAACACAACACACACACGCAUACAUACACACACACUUACAUACUCCAGAACUUGUGGUCCUCUGCUGCUCCUACAGUGUUUGCUAUGUAAAAACAAUAUUAAUAAACCUAUUAUUGUUUUUGUUUUCA